UAGCAACAUGGCGACGUCCAUGCCGGUGCGAUUACUGGUGCAUCAUCGAUGUUUAUCUCGUCUGCUAGCACGACGUACCUUGUCCAGAAAUGUAUUCUUCCACACGUGUGCCACAUUGAAUGAUACAGAAACAAAUCCGGUUGCCCCUUCCCUCAUUUCCCCUGAGGCUAAGCCCAUCCCUAAAGCAGAAAAAAUCAGCAGGGCCAUGAGGGCAUACCUGGAGAGGGGAAAAGCUCAUGAUGCCAUGAUUGCCAGAGAAGUGGAGCAAUAUGAGAUAGGGAAGAGACAUCUGGCCCGUAUCAUGGGUGAAGACCCAGACUCUUUCUCACAGGAUGAUAUAGAUAAAUCUAUAGAGUACUUACUUCCAUCAGGAUUAUUUGACAAGAAAGCAAGACCGAAAUUGAAGCACCCUUCAGAAAUAUUUCCACCACAGAAAGCUGUCCAGUUUGACAAGAACGGCAGACCUUUCCAUUUCCUGUUUUAUACUGGGAAGCCAAGUUACUAUCAAAUUAUGCAUGAUGCUGUAGCCAAGUUUGACAAUCUAAGAAUCUUGGAGAGAAAACUACAACAGAAAGGGAUGGUGAUUCCUGCAGAUUCGGACAUAAUGAUAGAAUUGAAACAGAGUGUGUGGAUUGAGGAGAAUGAUCUGACACAGAUGGUGAUAGAAAAUUUGUCUGAACACGAUGUUAGACAUUUUCACAUAUUAAUGGAGAGACUUGCCAAGCAUCCACUAGCACAUAGGGAACGAGAUUUCAUUAUGAAGUUCCGGAAGCCAUUGAUGUCCCAAGCUUCUGUUCUCAAUGCACCGGAGAUUCAGAAAGAUGAAGAUGGGAGAGAAUUUUCACAGCAUUCUUCAAAACGAAAAAGUGCUGUGUCAACAGUAAAGCUAUGGAUCCAGGGCUCGGGCAAGUUUUCGGUCAACGGACUCAGCUAUCAAGUCUGUUUCCCCAGAUCUUUGGACAGACAGCAGAUCAUGUUUCCCCUCCAGUUGUUGGGCAAACUGGGCACAGUUGACGUAGAGGCCACCGUGGAAGGGGGCGGCCACUCCGGUCAGGCGGGAGCCGUACGCCACGGGCUGUCCAUGUGCUUAACCUCGUUUUGUGAUGAGGAUUCCAGGCAGAAGUUGAGAAUAGCUGGCCUACUAAUGAGAGAUCCGAGAAGACACGAAAGGAAAAAGCCGGGUCAGCCCAGGGCCAGGAAGAAGGCUACCUGGAAAAAACGAUGAGAGGAAUCAUGAGGAUUUGCUGUGGAUAUUUAGCUUCAACAAGCUGGUCAAUAUUAAGUUGAUCCGUAUAUUAUUCGGCCAAAUUUGUGACUCCCUGUAUUUUAACAUGGACAUGCUGUCUUUUAUCAUGGGCCAUUCACUGAGCGAGGGGCCUUUCACUGAAUGAAGGGCGUUUCACUGAGCGAGGGGCCUUUCAC